AUGUCCGCCUUACUACUACCCCUGCCGACGACGAGAACACGGAUUGACCCAGGCCUGCACCUGCACACCGAAUUCGUCGACUUCGAUGGCGAUGAGUUCGGCACACGUACUGGUGUCCAGAAGAUCAUGCCUUUCCCUGGUGCAGAGCCGAUUGGCGAGCUUGAAGCUUAUCCUUUCGAGUUUCAUGCAAAUCAUGCUGCGGCCAAGAAGUCACUCAUUGAGCGUGGCAGGCGUUUCGAAAAGCUCGCUGGCAUGCACUUCCAUCACUACAGCGGUAUUGCCCUUGAAUACACUCCAUGUGGCAUCUCUCGCUUCAAUACGGAUGGUCGAGUUGUUGUAGACACCAAGACUUGGCACCGCCUCAACGGCAACCGAGCUUUCACCGUCAACAAAUUUAAGUCCAGGGAAGACAGGCGUCGUAAGCGUCCUCACGUACCGAGAAUCCAUCGCUACGAUGACGAUGACGAUGACGAUUACGAAGAGGAGGACACUGAGCUGCUGCCUACCGACAAGCUCGAUCUCGACCCUCUGACCGACGACCAGUGCCUACUGGCAAGCGCCACUGUGCGAGGCUUCUCCUUCACCGAGAAGAGGUGGUUCGAGUUCUUUGUAGACAAGCUGUCGCCACCUGGCUGGAACCCAAACUGCUUCGACCAGCUUGUACUUCCCGCUGCACAGAAAGACCUUGUCCAGGCCCUAGUCGCCAAUCACGUCCAGCAGAGAAGCGACUUCGACGACAUCGUCAAGGGCAAAGGCCGUGGUCUCAUCAUGGUCCUCCACGGCCCACCAGGCGUGGGAAAGACCCUCACAGCCGAGACGGUCGCCGAAUUCGUCCAACGUCCCCUCUACAUGGUAUCUUCGGGCGACCUAGGCACGAACUCCGAAGCCCUCGACGACCGUCUCACCCGCAUCCUCGACAUGGCCUCAACCUGGAAAGCCGUCCUCCUAAUCGACGAAGCCGACGUCUUCCUCGAACGCCGCUCCCUCCACGACAUGGAGCGCAACUCCCUCGUCUCCAUCUUCCUCCGUGUCCUGGAAUACUACGAAGGUAUCCUCUUCCUCACCUCCAACCGCGUCAACACUUUCGACGACGCGUUCAAAUCUCGCAUCCACGUGCCCCUGAAGUAUAAUGACCUCACUCUCGAAUCUCGCACUAAGAUUUGGAAACAUUUCCUCCGGAAUGAUUCCGGUAUCAAGAAUGUUAUUCGGACGGCGAAGAGUCUGGCGCAGUUUCGUGGGGAGAAGUUGGAUCGGGCGAAGUUGGAGCAGGUGAUUGCAAUUCAGAUGGAGUUUGAGGAGGAUUUGAAUUUUGGGGGAGGGGAGCAGGCACGGAAUGGGAAGGGGGUGAUUAAUGGGCUUACGAAUGGUCAUUAA